GCAUCACAAUAAAUUUUUAGCUGUCAAAUAUUAAGUUAUAUAAAUAAAUACAUAAUAUUACAAUAAAUUUUUAAUUUGCAUAACUAAUCAUCAAGAAAAAUAAGCCGUAAUUUUGAAGUUUUGAAAUGGCUACCGAAAUUUUAAACACCUCUGCUGAAUCUCUUGAAUCUUUGUUGAGAGAAGUAGAGACCCUCAAAACUAAACUGGAAGAUGAACGUCAAAAACUAGAUGAUAUAUCAUUAACUGCAAUGGCUGAGAGAGUAGAAAUCAUAAAUUAUGUUAACAUCAAGCCACGAAGGGUUUUAAAAGGCCAUCAAGCUAAAGUUCUUUGUUCAGAUUGGAGCCCAGAUAAGCGUCACAUGGUUUCUUCGUCCCAAGAUGGAAAAAUGAUUAUUUGGGAUGCAUUCACUACAAAUAAAGAACAUGCAGUUACAAUGCCUACAACCUGGGUCAUGGCAUGUGCAUAUGCACCAUCAGGAAAUAUUGUAGCCUGCGGAGGUCUCGAUAACAAAGUGACUGUUUAUCCAAUAUGUAUGGAUGAGGAGAUGUCUGCUCGCAAGAAAACUGUUGGAACUCACACAAGUUAUAUGUCAUGCUGCAUUUUUCCAAAUUCAGAUCAGCAAAUUUUAACUGGUUCGGGUGAUUCAACUUGUGCAUUAUGGGAUGUUGAAUCUGGUCAGUUGUUACAAAACUUUCAUGGCCAUGGUGGUGAUGUGAUGUCAAUUGAUUUAGCUCCAAGUGAAAUUGGUAAUACGUUUGUCAGUGGGAGCUGUGACAAAAUGGUAUUUAUAUGGGACAUGCGUACAGGGCAGGUUGUUCAAAAUUUUGAAGGUCAUCAGAGUGAUGUAAAUAGCGUCAAAUUUCACCCAAGUGGUGAUGCAGUUGCUACUGGUUCAGAUGAUAGCACAUGUCGACUUUUUGAUAUGCGAGCUGAUAAAGAGGUUGCAGUUUAUUCAAAAAAUAGUAUAAUUUUUGGAGCAAAUUCUGUAGAUUUUUCAGUCAGUGGACGAUUAUUAUUUGCUGGAUACAAUGAUUAUACAGUGAAUGUAUGGGACACUUUGAAAUGCCAGCGAGUCUGUUUACUUUUUGGUCAUGAAAAUCGUGUUUCAUGUCUCCAAGUUUCCCCAGAUGGUACAGCACUUUCUACUGGAAGUUGGGAUUACACUUUAAGAGUCUGGGCAUAAUUCCAAAUUUAUCAAAGCCAAUAACAAAAAAAAAUUAUAUAGAUAAAAACGCCA